AUGGAGGAUAAACAAGGGCCGCCCGCCCGGCCUCGGACCCAAAUUCAGGGCAGGGUCCUGCUCUUCACCAUCUGUGCAGCUGGCAUUGGUGGGACUUUUCAGUUUGGCUACAACCUCUCCAUCAUCAAUGCCCCAACCUUGCACAUUCAGGAAUUCACCAAUGAGACAUGGCAGGCACGGACUGGUGGGCCACUGCUGGACCACCUGGUUCUGCUUGUGUGGUCCCUCAUCGUGUCUCUUUACCCUCUGGGGGGCCUCUUUGGAGCGCUGCUUGCAGGCCCCCUGGCCAUCACACUGGGAAGGAAGACGUCCCUCCUGGUGAAUAACAUCUUUGUGGUGGCUGCAGCGAUCCUGUUUGGCUUCAGCCGCAAAGCAGGCUCCUUUGAGAUGAUCAUGCUGGGAAGACUGCUCGUGGGAGUCAGUGCAGGCGUGAGCAUGAGUGUCCAGCCCAUGUACCUGGGGGAGAGUGCUCCCAAAGAGCUCCGAGGAACCGUGGCCAUGACCUCAGCCAUCUUCACGGCUCUGGGGCUCGUGAUGGGACAGGUGGUUGGGCUAAGGGAGCUCCUGGGUGGCCCGCAGGCCUGGCCCCUGCUGCUGGCCAGCUGCCUGGUGCCCGGUCUGCUUCAGCUAACCUCCCUGCCCCUGCUCCCGGAGAGCCCACGGUACCUCCUCAUUGACCGUGGAGACACCGAGGCUUGCCUGGCAGCGCUGCGGCGGCUGCGAGGCACCCAGGACGUGGCGGCGGAGCUGGAGGAGCUGGAGGAGGAGCGCUCUGCCUGCCAGGGCCGCAGGGCGCAGCGCCCGUGGGAGCUGUUCCGGGAUCGGGCCCUGCGGAGGCAGGUGAUAAGCAUCGUGGUGCUGGGCAGCGCCAUGGAGCUCUGCGGGACCGACUCGGUGUACGCCUACGCCUCCUCUGUCUUCCGGGAGUCGGGAAUGGCAGAGGAGAAGGUCCAGUACGCCAUCAUCGGGACCGGGAGCUGCGAGCUGCUCACAGCUUUCGUCAGCAGUGUGGUAAUCGAGAGGGUGGGUCGACGAGUGCUGCUGAUUGGGGGGUACUGCCUGAUGACCUGCUGGGGGACCAUCUUUACAGUGGCCCUGUGCCUGCAGAGCUCCUUCCCUUGGAUGCCCUACCUGGCCAUGUCCUGCAUCUUUGCCUUCAUCCUCAGCUUUGGCAUUGGCCCAGCCGGAGUGACAGGGAUCCUGAGCACAGAGCUGUUUGACCAGACUGCCAGGCCUGCUGCCUACGUGGUCUGUGGGGUGCUCAUGUGGACCAUGCUCUUCCUGGUCGGGCUGGGGUUCCCCUUCCUCAUGGAGGGUUUGUCCCACUUCCUCUACAUUCCUUUCCUCUGCGUCUGUGUCUGUGGGGCUGUAUACACAGGCUUGUUCCUUCCUGAGACCAAAGGCAAGACCUUCCUGGAGAUCUCCAAGGAGCUGCACAGACUCAACUUCAGCAGGCAGGCCCAGAGCGCCACAUGGCAGGGCCCCGAGGUCAUCCAGUCCACAGAGCUCUAGCAGCAGGGCCGUGGCUGGCCGCCGCCAGAGGCUGCUCUUUCCUUUGCUUCCUGUCUGGGUCUCGGCCCUUUCCAUUCACUAGCUCCCGAAUUCAUUUGCUUAAGAAGUGUUCAUUGAGCACCUACUGUGUGCAGAUGUGGUGCCACUUGGUUAGCGAUCAGUGGUGAGCGAGGGAGACAGGAUCCGGGACCUCUUGGUGCUCCCCGUCUGGAGGCAAUUAAUGGACAGGAAACCAAUAAAAACAUAAUUACAAACUCAGGGAAGUUCAGUGGAAGAGAAAUACAGGCUGUGGUGGGCGUGUGUACCAGCAGCCUUACCUGGUUGUGAGGGGUGGUCAGAGGAACUGAUUUUUUAAAUCAACUUUAUUGACGUAUAAUUUACAUACAAUCAAAUGUAUCCAUUUUAAGUAUGCAUUUGAUGAGUUUUAACGAUACAUACACCCAUGAACAUUCUAUCAAGAUAGAACAUUCACAUCACCCCCAAAGCACUCUCACACUGCUUUGCUAUCAAUAACCCCCCCCCCCAGGGCUCUGUCUUUCCCUCCCUGAGGUCCCUGAUCUUGUUCCUGCUCUCACUUCGUCUGUCAGACAGAUCCUGAACACUCCCUGGGGGAACUUCUGCCUGUAAGGCUUCCCCCAACUCCAGCUUUCCUGGGGAAUGCUCCAGAAUUCUUGGGGAAAAGCCCACGAACUUCCAGAAGAGGCUUCCAGGACUCCUCGCCCCUGCCCUGUUUCUCUCCCAGCCCCACUUUCUUCAGGUGGUAGGAAGAGGGCAGGCCCAUGUGGCCAUCCCCUUCCCCAGGCAGGCCGACAAUACUCCAAAAUGAGGCUCCUCUUUUCCUUCUCUGGAAACUCUCAGACAUUGGAUAGAUUGGCCUGAUGUGGGCUGCUUGGAGAGUGGCAGCAGCUUGGCCUUUUACCUGCAGAGGCCACCAGGGAUCUCUGGGGAUCUACACUGCCACCGGGGCAGCCAUCUGCUCAGCCUA